UUCGAAUCGAUUCUCUGUGGGAACGGUUCGGUUCGCGUACUCCUCAGAAAAAGUUGCAACAAGCGCAACAGCCCCCAGCAGCAUAGAAAUAAAUUUUAUCUGGAAAAAUAAAUUAAUAUUGUAAAAUUUCGUAUAAACAAAUCGCAACUCUGUGCCACGUUCCGAUUUGGCCUUUUGUGUGUGUUUUUUUGUUCGGUUUUCCGUGACCGGAAUCGGUGUCGAAAGUGAAGGAAUUUCUGUGUCACUUCUACUAAAAUAGCAUACAAAAGAUGUCAGAGCCCGCAGCCCAACAACAGCAGCCGCAAAAUGGCAAGGAGCGCUCCAAGUCCACGGAGGAGAAAGAGAUACCGCGCGAACCGGCGCUGGUCUGCAAAGACAUCGAUAUAAAGACUGAACUAGAAAGCCUAGUGAAACUGCUGGAUGGCAAGAUCUACAAAGAGGAGGAGGUGGCCAUGGAGGAGCUGCAUCAGUAUUUGAUCGAGGACGAUGGCUCCUGGGCACUGGGUGACAAUUUUCUGGUCUUCGUGCAGCGAGUACUGCGCGAUACUCAGGCCUUUUCCCCAGACACACGGAUACAUCUGAUACGGACAUUGGCCUAUGCGGCCCUCAAGGACGAUGUGAUCAUUAUUUUGCACCAGGAUCGCCGGGAUCAUACGCUGAUGAACUUUGCCCAGGACAUUGACAAGCACACACCCGAGGAGCAGCAGGCCUGGGCCAUGUUUAUGUGCAACCUCUUUGAGAACGUUGGUCCCUCCGAAUGGCUGCUCUACAUUUCCGAGUGGGAAUACAAUGGCCAGACAACCUCCAAUAUACGUGUCACCACCAAGGUGGCCGUCCACUGCAUCCUCUCCAAUUGCCCGCAGUUGAAAAACAUUGGCAGCAUGAUCCUCUACAAUAUUGCCAUCAAGGAAGUGAAGACUGUGGUCUUUGAUGACAUCGCCGUGGAGCUGGCCAUGGCCAUUCUGCAGUUCUUCCAGAGCAGUCCCAACGAAGAUCAGAUCUACCGCACAUUGAAGGCCCUCGCACGCUUCAUCGAGGUCUCGCAAGACGUACCAAUGAUCAUUCAGAUGAUUGGACCGCAUCCAAAACAAUUUACCGGCAAGAGCGAGCGUGUCGAUGAGCUAGUAAAGAUCAUUAGUCGCAAAGUGCCCGCCUAGGCGGAUCCUUCCAAGAACCCACCCACCCCCUACCCAACACAUCCCUUUUCUAUAUACUCGUAUAUUUUAGAUCUUUCUCUUUUUGUAAAGCAUUUUGCGCAACACAAUAAACACAUUUGUAUGCCCAGACAA